CUCAACUACCUUGAGAAAGGUUGAGAGAAAAUAAGUUGGAAGCUAGAGCCAGGAGCCAUGGAUCCUUCUGUGUAUGAGGCUGCAGAAUCGGGUGAUGUUGGUUUUUUCAGAAGAGCUGAUGCAUCAAUUGAUCUUCUCUGUCAGAAAACCCCAGCUCACAACAGUAUUUUUCAUAUUGCAGCUGAGUACAAACGAAUACAUUUCUUCAGAGAUGUCCUAGAUGAUCCAUCUUUGCUGUUUUGGGCUCCCAAUAAGAAGGGCAACACUCCUCUCCACGUCGCUGCGAGAGUAGGUUGUGAUGAAAUUGUAAAGCUGCUCAUUGAACACGCAAAGAAACUUCUGCAUAUUGAAGGAGCUGACGAGGAAAGAGGACCGACUAAUGGUGAAGCUAACAAACUACUUCGAAUGACUAAUUUUCAAGAAGAUACAGCACUGCAUGUUGCUGCCAGAUGCGGUCACGUUGAGGUGGUGAAUUUGUUAAUGGCUGAAGAUCCUGGAUUGUGCUGUUUGAUUAAUUUUAAUAAGGAGUCCCCCUUAUUCUUGGCUACUCGGCAUGGCUUUCCACUCGUAGCUCGUUCAAUUUUGAACGAGUGUCCAAUAUCUCCUUCUUUUAGGGGGUUUAACGGUGUUACAACUUUGCAUGUAGCGGUAACUUAUAUGGAUGAAGAAUGGAAAGGUAUUGUGGAGACUAUGGUGUCGAAAUAUCCGGAUAUAAUAAAAAAGGCUGAUGAUGCACUUAGGUGGACUUCCUUACACUACGCAGCAUUUGGAGGGAACCUUGAAGCAACUCAACUGUUGAUGCAACGUGAUAGUUCUGUUUCUUACAUCUUGGACAAAUCUGGAAUGUCAGCUCUCCAUGUCGCGGCCUAUGCAGGUCACACCGAUGUAAUGGAAGAGAUGAUUCGGUGUCGGCCAGAUAUUUGUGAUUUGGUCAAUCAUUAUGGCCAAACGGCUCUACAUGCUGCAGUUUUAGGUGGACGAACAAAUGUCAUCAUGCAUUCACUGAACGUGUCUAAGCUUGCAGUACUAAUAAACGAAGCAGAUGUAGAUGGAAACACUCCGUUGCAUCUGGCUGCCAUCAAGAAAAAUCCUGAAAUUAUAAGGGCGUUGACAGGCGACCCUAGAGUGGACAAGAUUGCUACCAAUGGGAAAUUCUCACAGGCCUACAACAUUUGUCUUAGCCAGAAUAUUGGAGAACAGGAAAUCUUCGGCAGUAGUAGUCCUAGGGUUCUGGACAACCUAGGCAGCUCCAUUGGUCUUCCAUAUUUCCAUGGCCAAAUCAGACGUGAUUUCUGGAAUGUUCCCGAGAAGGAUACCAUUGAAGGCGAGAAAGAACACGAGCAAAGACGUGGAUCCAGACUCCUGAUAGCAACGGUUGUUGCAGGCAUUACAUUUGCAGCAACUUUCGUCGAUACUGGAGCAUCAGGAAGCGAUGGAAGAGGAAUAGAGCUUGAAGUGUUUUAUGUCUUGAACCUAUUAUCCCUCCUUUCCUCAUUUUUUGUGAUUUAUAAUGAAAUAGUAGGCAAAAACUUGGUGAUGCCAACGCGUUCAGCUUCAGAGUUCACUCGGCUUUCCGUCUCAGCAAUGUUAGUAGCAAAUAUUGCGUGGUUGUCUGCAACGCAGCGCGGAGACACCGAAUUGAGUCUGCUUGAAAGCGUACAUUUUAUAAUCUCUCACAUAAUUGUUUUUCUUUGCUUCUUUUUUCUGCCGGAACUCACGGAAGCAUUGAGGACGAAAGAAAAACAGAGACAAUUAUACAACAGAGGUUUUUCAUUUUCUGCUUGGUAUGUAUUAGCUUAUAUAAGGAAGAAAUUUCAGAAGCAACACGCUUUGUAAGACAAAUAUAUAUAUAUAUAUAUGUACUUUCCUUUUUUCUUUAAAUUAUAACAUAUUCAUAAUUGAGUGAGUAAUAUGCUUUGGUUCCCAGCCACUGUUAAUUAAAUAUUGUAUGCUUCGAGUCCGGCUCACAUGAUUUUGCUACAGAAACCCAACCCAUGUUUAUUUUCUCUUUUUCUUCUGUUUUUGUUGUCAAAACUGCUACAUGCUCAUGCAUGAACUUGUACGCUUGAUUCUUGAUAAGGUUCAAUCAAAUCCCAUUUGCUGAGCAUACCCAAGACACAGAGUAAGGAUCACUGGAUCUUCUAAACUGAAAAACUGUUACAGGGGGCAUAGAUAGUUGAGGAUCACAGAGACAGCAAGGGAACCAUCCACAUCCCCAUUAAGCCAAGAUAAAAGGGAUGCAGUAUUCAUCUACAAAGAGGAGAAAGUUUGUCAAACUUCUCUGUAAAACUUAGUACGGCUCUAUUGAACCUUGACAUGAAAACUUAGGACGCGUUUGAAUUCCCACACCAACCACACCACCAACCACACCCACACCAACACCCCCACCCCACCCCAACCCC